AUGAAGUUCACUCUGCUUGCUCUUGCAAGCGCCUACACUACCAGCGCUGCCGCUGUUGGCGAAAGAGCUACCUACGCAGUCAAGGGCACACCUGAAGGGUUUGGCAAAGGCACGACAGGAGGUGGUAAUGCAGCAUGCGCCAUUCCUUCUUCCGUAGCCCAACUGAAGACCUGGCUCAGCGACAGCACCGCCCGCUGCAUUGUUCUGGACCGAGAGUUCAACUUCAAGGGCACCGAGGGCACAACCACAGCCGCUGGUUGCCGUCCUGCAUCUAACAAGUGCCCCGGAAACGGAGGUCAAGAUGCCAUCAACAAUGCCAACUGGUGCACCAACGGCAAUGCUGGAGCAGGAUCCAAGAGCAUAACAGUAACUUAUGAUACUGCCGGAACCUCAGCCAUCAACCUAGGAUCCAACAAGUCCAUCAUUGGCGUUGGCAACAAGGGUGUGAUUCGAGGCAAGGGCCUUCGUAUCGCCAAUGGAGCAAAGAACGUCAUUAUCCAGAACGUCCAUAUUACCGAGCUCAACCCACAAUACAUCUGGGGUGGUGAUGCUAUUACUCUCGACGGUGCCGACCUUGUCUGGAUCGACCACGUCAAGAUCUCGCUCAUCGGCCGCCAAAUGUUCGUAGCCGGCUAUGGCGCCUCCAACCGCGUCACAAUCUCCAACACGGAGUUCGAUGGCUCGACCUCAUGGUCCGCCACGUGCGACGGCCGCCACUACUGGGCCAUACUCCUACUCGGCACCUCCGACCUCAUCACCAUGAAAGGCAACUACAUCCACCACACCUCCGGCCGCAGUCCCAAAGUAGGCGGAAAUACUCUGCUCCAUGUCGUCAACAACUACUUCUACAGCAACACCGGCCAUGCGUUUGACAACGAGGCCGGCGGCAUGGUGGUGGCUGAGGGCAAUGUUUUUCAAAAUGUGGCCAUGCCGCUGCUGGCGAAUAAUGGAAAAUUCUUUGCAGCGCCCUCGACGAGUGCGAAUGCUGCAUGUCAGGCGUCUUUGGGACAUACCUGUCAGUUGAAUGCUUUUGGCAGCAGUGGUAGCUUGACGGGAACUGAUACGAGUUUCUUUGGAAACUUUGCUGGGAAGAAUGUUGCUAGUGCUGGUGUGGCUAGCUCGGGGAUUGCGAAUACCGCUGGUGUAGGAAAGAUCUGA